AACAUCUUCGAUCAAACAGAAACUCCUGCCAGUGAAAGUCCAAGUUUGUUUGACCCAAGUGACCUACCUAGCUAGAGAGUGCAAAGAUGGAUCAGGUCAGCCUCAGGAGCCUCUAUGUAGCAGCAGCAGAGGGGGAUUCAGUUUCUCUGCUCAAGUUGCUCAGAUCCGAUACAAACCUCCUCAAUAGAUUCGUCGAGGCAGGCCCGUACGCUGAGACACCGCUUCACAUUGCAGCAUUGCUCGGCCACACGGAAUUUGUGGAAGUGAUCGUAGACCAGAAGCCCAAGCUUGUGUCGAAGCUCGACACUCGGAGAUCAUCGCCCCUCCACCUUGCUUCAGCUGCGGGCCACGUCGAUAUAGCAAAGAAGCUGCUCGUGGCUGACCCUGAGAUGUGCUUCGUGCGGGACUGCAGAGGGAGAAACCCCCUACAUCUUGCUGCCACGUGGGGCCAUGUAGACGUGUUGAAGGAGCUGAUGCGGGAGAGGCCAGCCGCAGCUCGGGACAGAGCUGAGAAUGGUGAAACUAUUUUGCAUUUUUGUGUGAAGCACGAGAAAUGGGAGGCUUUGAAGGUAUUGGUGGAGAAUAUGAAUGAUCACGAGUUUAUGAACUCAAAGGAUUAUGACGGAAAUACUAUCUUGCAUCUCGCUGCAGCAAAUGGCCAGAAGGAGAUGAUGCAUUUCUUGAUCAGAAGCACGGAAGUAGAAGUUCACUCUCCAAACCUAAACGGUUUCACGGCAUUCAACAUCUUAGCAAGAAUCGAGAGCCCUGAAGAGGAACAGUCCAUGGUAAACAAUAUUUACCUGCAUAUUAGAAGGAACAGGAAUGUCGAGGAUUCUCAUGUCCUGUCCUCAGAAUCGGAUCAUCAUGCACUUAAGCCACCAGAAGAGAAGGGUUGGCUCGAGGAAAAGAAAAGUGCGUUAAUGGUGGUGGCAUCACUUAUAGCAACCAUGGCAUUCCAAGCCUCUAUUAGCCCUCCUGGCGGCGUCUGGGAACAAGAUGGUUCCUAUCACCAAGGAAGUGCAGAGGAGAUUCGCUACUAUGCAGGCACUUCAAGAAUGGCAUACUCUUGGCCGCUCGUAUACUUAAUUUUCAUCAUAGUCAACACAAUAGGUUUCGUUGCAGCUAUGAGCAUCAUCCUGUUACUUAUUAGCGGCAUCCCUUUGCUAAUGCGUAGGGCAUUCAUGUGGGUCUACAUGGUUAUCAUGUGGGUUGCCGUUAGCUCGGUAUCACUGGUCUACACCACCUCUCUAUCAACAGUGACACCUACCGCCUAUGAGAACAACAUUGUCAUUAGAUUACUGGCGAUCCUUCAGAUCUGGAGCUUUCUGAUGUUGCUGCUUCUACCCGGACACUUGAUCCACCUGGUCGUGAAGUUUAUACGGAGGAAAAUCAUAGGACCGAGGUCCAACAACCACACUUCUGGUGCUUGAAGGGGUGGUCUGGUGAACUUGUUAUUGUACCAAAUUUACAUUCUAUGUUCAAACGUCAUACUAAAUUUGCAGACCUAGGAAAAUUGAACAAUUACAGUCUUGUUUAAGUCAUUUAUCGAUCUUCUUGUUGCCGAGUGUCAUUUUUGGCAGGGUUGUCAAUCUCGUUCCCCAGUUGCCGCUGCUUCCUCAUUCGUCUUUAAUUCAAGCUCUAGUCAUGUCCUGCAUAUUCAACUAUCCUUUCAGCAAAUGAUGAGCCCUCAAUUUGUACU